GGAAUACAUAUCCAAGAAGUAAUCUGCCCAACCCCAUGUCACACCAACAGUCCUUCUCAGGACCAUCCCACAAUGACCACAACACCCAAGCUCGAUCUCGCCCCAGGAUCUCGAAAAAAGGCUUGUUUGCCAAAGAUUUGACAGCUAUGAUGUUUGGAUUCGGAGACACGGAUCCGCAACGGGAUGUCGUUAACUUGAUGGAGGAGAUCGUAAUCGAUCAUAUUUCUGAUGUGUUAAUUACUGCACACAGGAGGUCAACGAACAGGGGGAAACUGAAAGUGGACGACAUCAAAUCAGCACUAGAAGAAUCGUCCACUCGAGUCCACAAUCCAACCACCCUACAUGGAUCGACAUCCAGAGACCUUAUAAAAUACACGCCAUACCCCCUAGCACGUCGGAAGGUUUCGUUAGCCGAAAAACAAUUGAGUCGAAUCGAGGAACUCUUGUUCAUGCAGGACGACUUGGCAAGGGCCAGAGGGAGGGCGGAUGAUCUGAAGGCCUAUGGCGCUGACGACUCGCCUGAUGACCACCAUCCAAUGGAUAACAUUCAUCUCACUGAUAAAGGAAAACAGCGCGAAAUUUAAGCUUCAUCGCAUUCUCAGUGUAUCAAGAUAACCCCCCAAAAAUACAAUCUUCCCGCCUCGUUUAAUCCUUUCUAUUAUCCAAGCUGUCGAUGAUUGACUUCCGAACUAGAGAGCAAUGAAAACAAGAUCAAGUUUCGAGACCCAUCGGGACGUACUGAAAUAUGAUUACUAGAAUAUGAUGGGUGUGUGUCUCCAAACGACUUGGUCUGGCACCUUUCACAUGU